UAACACAAUAGAAAGAUCUAUAUACAGUGUGUGCAAAUGGAGUAAGGAGGUAAGGCAAUAAAUAGGCCAUAGUAGCGAAGUAAUUACAAUUGAGCAAAUUAACACUGGAGUGAUAAAUGUGCAGAUGAUGAUGUGAAAGUAAAAAAAUACUCGUGUGCAAAAGAGCAAAAACAGUUAAUAAAAGCAAUAUGAUGGAUGAGGUAGGUAGUUGGAUGGGCUAUUUACAGAUUGGCUGUGUACAGCUGCAGAGAUCGGCAAGCUGCUCUGAUAGCUGAAGCUUAAAGUUAGUGAGGGAGAUAUGUCUCCAACUUCAGCUAUUGGUAGGUGUUUGUUGCGUUGGCCUGAAGUAUAAUUUUUAUUAUGAUUGUAUUAGUCGAUAUGUUUACCAUAUAUGGUGCCGCUUGUUGGGUAUAAAUAAUUAUAAACAUGUUUUGUGAAUAAAUAGAAAAGAUAUCUGUACCUAAGACAAAACUCAAACGUCAAAGAGACGCCCUUACAAAAAACGAAAAUCGUUUUUAAACUGCAGUAAUUUGAGGGCUGAGGGGAUUGGGUGUGUCCUUUAAAUGUUUGGACCGCAACCGUUGUGGAAACAUCUUUCGAAAAUGAGCUGUUGCCAAGAGAAUAACGUUACUGUGGGUGUGUCUAUGGGGCGGACCGCAUGAGUGAUACUAUAAGAGCAGUUGUUCUGUUAUCUGGACAGAUCCAUUCUCUCUCACAGGACCUGACGGAUCGACUCUACAGCACCCAAAUAUGGCUGGUGUGCAGAAAAACCAAAAUGAGGCACUGAGGAUUGUUCUGGUUGGGAAGACUGGAGUUGGGAAGAGUGCAACAGCAAACACCAUCAUGGGGAAAAAGGUUUUUGAGUCUAAACCUUCCCCUGUUUCUCUGACAAAAGAGUGUGACAAGGCUAGAGGGGAGGUGAAUGGGAGAGAAGUUGCUAUUAUUGACACUCCAGGCUUGUUUGACACUAACUUAUCACAAGAGAAGACCCUGAAGAAGAUUGCUAAGUGCAUCUCCUUCUCUGCUCCUGGGCCCCAUGUGUUCCUUGUAGUGAUUGCUUUGGUUAGAUUCACACAGGAAGAGAAAGACGCAGUGGAGAUGAUUCAGAAAAUCUUUGGAAAAGAUGCAGCAAGAUACAUCAUGGUCCUCUUCACAAAUGCAGACCAGCUUGAAGAAGAACAAACAAUUGAAGACUUUUUACGUGCCUCUUCAGAUCUUCAGGAUGUCAUUGCCAACUGCGGUGGGCGGUAUCAUGACUUCAACAACAGAGAUAAGAAGAACCGCUCCCAGGUCACUGAGCUGCUUGAGAAGAUAAACAAGAUGGUCACGAUGAAUGGAGGAAGCCACUACACCACUGAGAUGUUCCAAAAGGCUGAGAGGGCGAUUGAAGAGGAGACGAAGAGGAUCUUGAGAGAGAAGGAAGAGGAGACACUCAGAGCGGAGGAGGAACUAAAGGCAAAAUAUGAAGGAGAGUUCCUAAAGAAACAACAAGCCAUCCUAAUGCAGCAGAAGGAGGUGCUGAGGAUUGUUCUUGUUGGGAAGACUGGAGUUGGGAAGAGUGCAACAGCAAAUACCAUCCUGGGGAAAAAAGCUUUUGAAUCUCAUUUUUCCCCUGCUUCUCUGACAAUAGAGUGUGACAAGGCUAGAGGGGAGGUGGAUGGGAGAGAAGUUGCUAUUGUUGACACUCCAGGCUUGUUUGACACCAAGAUAACACAAAGGGAGACCCUGAUGAAGAUUGCGAAGUGCAUCUCCUUCUCUGCUCCUGGUCCCCAUGUGUUCCUUGUGGUGAUGGCGCUGGGUAGAUUUACACAGGAGGAGAGAGACACAGUGAAGAUGAUUCAGGAAUUCUUUGGAAAAGAUGCAGGAAAAUACAUCAUAGUCCUCUUCACAAAUGCAGACCAGCUUGAAGAAGAACAAACAAUUGAAGACUUUUUACGUGCCUGUCCAGAUCUUCAGGAUGUCAUUACCAAAUGCGGUGGGCGGUAUCAUGUUUUCAACAACAGAGAUAAGAAGAAUCGCUCCCAGGUCACUGAGCUGCUUGAGAAGAUAAACAAGAUGGUCACGAUGAAUGGAGGAAGCUACUAUACCACUGAGAUGUUCCAAACGGCUGAGAGGGCGAUUGAAGAGGAGAAGAAGAGGAUCCUGAGAGAGCAGGAAGAGGAGACACUCAGAGCGGAGGAGGAACUAAAGGCAAAAUAUGAAGGAGAGUUCCUAAAGAAAGAACAAGAGAUGCUAAGGAAAAUCAAGGAAGAAGAAGCCAGAAGAGAAGCCGAAAGAAAAAAUGAAUACACAAAAAAUCCUCCAAACCGUGGUUGGUGUAGUAUCUUAUGAGAUGGUGUCGUCAGAACAACAAUUAAUCGUGAGAUGGCAUUGCAUUAGGCAUAUGACAAUGGAACAAAACAAUUACUGCAAACUUAAUUAAAUUCACGGCAGUAUUAGAACUAUCCAUUCUAAUGCAGUCAUUUAUUAUUAGGAUAGAGCUUGAUUUGCCCUUAAACUCAUGUCCUUUGUUUACAAUUGUACCAUUGAGUGACCUGUUUUUUUAAAUGCUGACUGGUAACUUAAAAUGUCUGAAGUGUAACAGAUAAAACAUAGACACAUAUGAAUGUGACUGCAUGUACCCAGAAUUCUGUAUUAAAGCUAUUGCUUCAACUGCA